AUGUACGACAGUCUGACCAUGCUGAACUUACAAAACGGCUCCAACUGGACUGGCCCAAACAACUGGUACCACCCGGCCGACAGCAUCACUCCUCAACACGGAACAGAUGGUUGCGUGGAAGAUCUGAAUGUGCAGAUGGCCGGAGCGGGGGAAGGAGUGGUGCAGGGAGAGAGGGAUGAGGUGGACGAGUCACAGCUACACCUGCAGCUAAAGAGGAAGCUGCAGAGGAACCGCACCAGCUUCACCCAGGAGCAGAUAGAUGCCCUGGAGAAAGAGUUUGAAAGGACUCAUUACCCAGAUGUCUUUGCUAGAGAGAGACUGGCUGCAAAGAUUGAUCUUCCAGAGGCCAGAAUUCAGGUAUGGUUCUCCAAUCGGAGAGCUAAGUGGAGAAGGGAGGAAAAGCUGAGAAACCAGAGGAGAUCAGGGGGCACCAGUUCCUGUUCUCAGACACAUACUCCCCUGAGCACAUCCUUUACCUCCCCUGUAUAUCACUCCCAUCACAGCAACAGCUCAGGCUCAAUGCACAGUCGGAGUGAUUCGUCUCUCUCAGGCUAUAGUUCUCUGUCUGUCUUCUCCAGUAUGCAGUCUUUGCCCUCCCAGUCUACUCCAACUUACUCUUGCAUGUUGCCUCCCUCUCCUUCUGCCCUGCCCCCUCUUUCCCGUAAAUUUGACUCCUCAUCUUACACCUCUCCCCACCUCCCGCCCCCACCCACGGCCAGCGCAAACACAGGAUUCUUUCCCGGUGUUUCCGCAGCAGGGCAGACUGCAGUUCAAGGUGGCGAUCAGGAGCUGGGACAAGGUCUGGGUCAGUACUGGACGAGACUGCAGUAAAAAAAAACACACCUUGUCAUUAUCAGACAAAACCAGCAGAGCUUCAAUCAGCAAAUUAUUUAACAAAACGUGUGUCAGGAAACCCUACUUAUUUAGAUUAUGUAUGCAUCAGGGAAGCAGUCUAUGUAAGCCAUAAUCUUGUGAAAAAAGUGGACCUCACAAACCUGCACAAAGGGAAGAGACAACGGACUCCAGCCUUUUUGAUCUGCACAGUUAUAUAGGCUUACUCAGCAGCACCAUGCCAGAUAAUGGCAAAGACUAGUCAGGUUAACAUUCUCAGCUAUUGGAGCAUCUAAAACAUUAACAGAGGCCAACACCUUGCCUCGUGUUGAUGCAACGAAAAAUGCUGUUUAAUUGAUGUGCCACUUACAAUCCGUGUGAUAAACUGCAUAUGACCAAAAAUGUAUCUGCCGUUUAAAAGUUUGGGUUUGCUAAAAUAUUUCGAUGUUUCAUAUGCUUAACAAGGGUGCAAUUAUUGAUUUAAAAAUACAGU